AUGGCUAGGAGUCAGGCGCUGCACACCAAUAUGGGUGUCGACUAUGUCAUCGUCUAUCGAUUUCCUCCCACUGAAAAAGCCAAAGCAGCCGCCAGCUUCGAGCAGCUAUGCCAGAAACUCUCUUCCGUCGGUCUGGCUACGGAAUCUCGCAACGGCGAAGGCAGCUCCGUCCUGCUCUUCGUCAAGGUCGCCAACGAAGAGCACAUGUUCGCAGAAGUCUACCGUAGCCGCGUCAAGGAUUGGAUUCACGGCGUUCGCUCGGGAGAGCCUGCCAGAGACACUCGCGAAUCGCUAGAGAGUCAACCACUGACAGCCGCUGAACGCCUCCGCAUCAUCUACCAGCUCAUCACUAACCCCGAGAACGAGGGCGGUGCUGGAAUUCGACCGAAAUCAGAAGAGUACCCAUACGUCGAAAACAUCUUCUCCCUUCACGACCACACCUUCAACAAACACUGGAUCAAAAAGUGGGCGACAAAUUAUAAGAUCGAGGUCGACGACUUGGAUGAGAUUCGUGAUCGUUUUGGUGAAAAGGUCGCAUUCUACUUCGCCUUCGAGCAGACCUACUUCAACUUUCUCCUUUUCCCGGCUGCCUUCGGUACUUUGGCUUGGCUGUUCCUGGGCGGCUUCAGCACGAUCUACGCCAUGGCUAUCAGUCUCUGGUCGGUGGUCUUCGUCGAAUGGUGGAAGCAUCGCGAACGGGAUCUUGCCAUUCGUUGGGGUGUUCGUGGUGUUGGGGCCAUCGACACGAAGCGGACAGGUUUCGUUCCCACCACGGAAGUCGAAGACCCAGCUACCGGCGAGAUCCAGAAAAUAUUUCCAGCCACCGAGCGUGUCAAGCGGCAACUCCUUCAACUUCCAUUCGCCAUCCUUGCGAUUGUGGUCCUCGGCAGCCUAAUUUUCGCCUGCUUUGCCAUCGAGAUCUUCAUCGGUGAGAUCUACGACGGCCCAGGAAAGUCGAUCCUCGCAUUUACACCGACUGUCAUCCUCACGACUUGUCUACCGCUCCUUACCGGUGCGUUGUCCAACAUGGCGAAGCAACUGAACGAAUACGAAAACUACGAGACCGACUCAUCCUACGACCGCUCCUACACCGGCAAGCUCUUUGUCCUCGACUUCAUCACCUCCUACACAGGAAUCAUCUUGACCGCAUUCGUCUACGUACCAUUUGGAAGCGUGCUCAAGCCCUACCUCAACAUCUUUGCCCGCCUCUUCGGCUCACAUCAAUCCAACUUGAAGACCGACUCCGUCAACUCCCACGCCAUCAACCCGGACCGCCUACGCAAACAAGUCAUCUACUUCGCCGUCACAGCACAACUCGUCAACUUCGCCAUGGAAGUCGUCGUACCCUACCUCAAACGCCAAGGCUUCCUCAAAUUCAAAGAGCUCAAGGCCAAACGCACCAACUCCGGUCUCACUCCCUCUGCCAGCGUGGAAGAUCACCCCGAUGAAAAAGAAUUCCUCGACCGCGUGCGUAGCGAAGCCGAACUCACCACUUACGACGUCUACACCGACCUCCGCGAGAUGAUCAUUCAAUUCGGCUACCUCUCCCUCUUCUCCGUCGUCUGGCCUCUCGUGCCAGUCGCAUACCUCAUCAACAACUGGUUCGAACUCCGCGCCGACGCGGUGAAGAUCUGCGUCGAAAUGCAGCGUCCCACACCAUGGAGAGCUGACACCAUUGGUCCAUGGCUCGACGCUUUGGGUUUCUUGACGUGGCUGGGAAGUAUCACCAUCGCGGCCAUCACAUACAUGUUCUCGAACGAUGGCGUCGGACCAGAUGGUCGACCUCACGAUAUCAAAUUCUGGGGACUCUUGCUGGCUGUUUUCUUCAGCGAACAUAUCCACCUCUUCGUGCACGGCGCUGUUGCGAAAGCGAUUGCCAAGAUUGACUCUCCUGGUCGACAGAAGGAGAGGAAAGAUCGGUAUAUUACUCGGCAGAGGUUGUUUGAGGAUAGUUUGAAGAAUUUGCCAAAGGUGCAGAUGGGGGAGCAGGAGGAUGAGAAGCCUGUUACGAGGGAAGGGUUGGAGGAGGAGGCGAGGCAGGGAACACUGCAUGCGGCGAAUCCGACGGAGAAGUUUUGGAAUCGGCAGAGAGGGUGGAGGGAGAGUGCGCAGGUUGGGAGGGGGUUGAUUGAGAAGACUGUUGUGGUUGAUGAGAAAGAGGGGAAGAAGGAGCUUUGA